AUGGAACAAACACAAUUAAAAAGACUGAAAAUAUCAGCAUACACAUCUGAGGAGAUCAAAGGCUCAUCAGUAAAGGAAAUCCUCGUUCCUCAAUCUCACGACCUAAUUGGGCUCCCCAACAAAGACGGACUUCACGACCUCUCCCUCGGACCAACUGACAGAGCAGACGUCUGUGUUCGCUGUGGCCUCAAUUCUGGAGAUUGUCUUGGUCACAUUGGCCACAUAUCUCUCCCAAUUCCAGUUUAUAAUCCAAUUUUAUUCGACCAUUUCAUGAAUGUAGUAUUUGUACUAAUAAUGAUUAAAAUAGAUCAUAAAGUCAACAAAGAUGACGAUUUUUCAAAAAUUGUUUUUGACUGUCGUGUAAAAUUUCACGACGACUUUUUCCGUAAUUUUAUUUUGCGGAAAGACGUUUGUUCGUAUUGUGGGAAGCGGAUGGCGAAACCAACUUCUGAGAACUGCGGAGUGGUGUUGUACAAGACCUUGGAAAAUGAAAAGUCGAAGGUCGCGUUUGAUGUGAUAAAACAAUGGGAGGCACUCCAAAAGAAAGUGAAUUCUUUAUAUUGUGGGGACAGCAAGGUUUUGGGAGUUAAAAACGACUUUAAAAAAUUUUUGGAGAAAAAAGCUGGAAUUAUGCGUCAGAAUUUGAUGGGGAAAAGAGUCAAUUUUGCUGCAAGAUCUGUCAUAUCGCCGGAUCCACUGUUGGGUGCAGACGAGGUGGGAAUCCCGACUUUUGUUGCCUCAAAGCUGACCUUCCCCGAACGAGUAACUCACUUUAAUGUCUCGGAAUUACGUGCCGCUGUAAUAAAUGGGCCAGAAAUAUAUCCUGGGUAAGUUCUCUCGUUUAGUUUAAGUGCUUCGUAUGUCAUUGACGAGGAAGGACACACUGUUUAUCUAAAUCCACGGAAUGACCGACAAAGACAUUCAAUCGCGGACAGACUUCUCAUCUCCAUAAAUAAUGAUCAAAAAACAGUAUUACGUCACCUAAAAACUGGGGAUUUUGUUUACAUGAAUCGUCAACCCACUUUACACCGUCAGAGUGUACAAGCACAUCGAGUUCGUGUUUUGGACAACCAACAAACAAUCCGCAUUCACUACUCAACGUGUAAAUCAUACAACGCGGAUUUUGACGGAGACGAGCUGAACUGUCAUUUCCCUCAGAGCCAACUAUGUCGGAGUGAGGCCUUUGUGAUUGGUUUGACUUAUCAGCACAUUGUCCCUAAAGAUGGCUCCCCUCUGUUUGGACUUAUUCAAGACCAUUUAAUCACAGGGACUCUCCUUUGUCUUCGAGGACGAUUUUUGGAUGGUGAUCAGUUCAGACACCUUUUGUAUUCUGGGUUGUAUUCCAUCCGGAGACGAAUAAUUAUUCCACUUCCCGCGAUCAUAAAACCUCGCAAGCUUUGGACUGGAAAGCAGGUGAUUUCAGCAGUUUUGAUGAAUAUGAUUCCCGCCAAUUGUCCUCCUCUCAAUUUGAACAGUACCACCAAGAUUUCCACAUCUGUAUACGUGCACAUGCAGGAGAGUUCGGUUAUAAUUCGGGAGAAUGAUCUGCUUGUUGGUUUCUUGGACAAGACCAACAUUGGAUCAUCUGCGUAUGGACUUAUUCAUACAUGUUAUGAGGUAAUAUUAAUAACUUGUUGUCUUUAUGGGGGACGAGUUGCUACAGAUUUUCUUACGUGUUUAUCUCGUCUUUUCACUAAUUUUUUAAAGACUCAAGGAUUUUCUGUUGGGAUUGAAGAUGCCAUAAUGUCCAAAAAAGUAAGUAAAACUGAUUAA